AGAGUCUUAGUUAUUAUGGCUUUUGCUUUAAAGGAUCUGAAGGCCAAUGAGUCACGGCUGAAGGAUAUCAACAAGGUGGCUGAAGACCUGGAGUCUGAAGGUCUGAUGGCCGACGAGGUGCAGGCCGUACAGCAGCAGGAGGUGUAUGGCAUGAUGCCCAAGGAUGAAACUGAUUCCAAGACUGCGUCCCCGUGGAAGUCUGCUCGUCUGAUGGUUCACACCGUGGCCACCUUUAAUUCUAUAAAGGAGCUGAACGAGCGUUGGCGGUCCCUACAGCAGCUGGCCGAGGAGCGGAGCCAGCUCUUGGGCAGCGCCCACGAAGUGCAGAGGUUCCACAGAGAUGCUGAUGAAACCAAAGAGUGGAUUGAAGAGAAGAAUCAGGCUCUCAACACAGACAAUUACGGCCACGAUCUGGCCAGUGUCCAAGCCCUGCAGCGCAAGCACGAGGGCUUUGAGAGGGAUCUCGCAGCUCUUGGCGACAAGGUCAACUCUCUGGGGGAGACAGCCGAGCGCCUGAUCCAGUCCCACCCCGAGUCAGCCGAGGACCUGCAGGAAAAGUGCACGGAGUUGGACCAGGCCUGGAGCAGCCUGGGGAAGCGCGCAGACCAGCGCAAGGCCAAACUGGGCGACUCCCACGACCUGCAGCGCUUCCUCAGUGAUUUCCGGGACCUCAUGUCUUGGAUCAAUGGGAUACGAGGGUUGGUCUCCUCAGACGAGCUAGCCAAGGAUGUCACCGGAGCUGAAGCUUUGCUGGAACGGCACCAGGAGCACCGGACAGAAAUCGAUGCCAGGGCUGGCACUUUCCAGGCCUUUGAGCAGUUUGGGCAGCAGCUGCUGGCUCAUGGGCACUACGCCAGCCCAGAGGUCAAGGAGAAACUAGAUAUUUUGGAUCGGGAGCGCGCGGGUCUGGAGAAGGCCUGGGCUCAGCGCAGGAUGAUGUUGGAUCAGUGCCUCGAACUGCAGCUGUUUCAUCGGGACUGUGAGCAAGCUGAAAACUGGAUGGCUGCCCGGGAGGCCUUCUUGAAUACUGAGGACAAAGGAGACUCACUGGACAGCGUGGAGGCUUUGAUCAAAAAACACGAGGACUUCGACAAAGCCAUCAACGUCCAGGAGGAGAAGAUUGCGGCCCUGCAGUCCUUUGCUGACCAGCUCGUCGCCGCCGGCCACUAUGCUAAGGGCGACAUCUGCAGCCGGCGCAACGAGGUUCUGGACAGGUGGCGACGCCUGAAAGCCCAGAUGAUUGAGAAGAGGUCGAAGCUGGGAGAAUCACAGACCCUCCAGCAGUUCAGCCGGGACGUGGAUGAAAUCGAGGCCUGGAUCAGUGAGAAAUUACAGACUGCGAGCGAUGAGUCGUACAAGGACCCCACCAACAUCCAGCUUUCCAAGCUGCUGAGCAAGCACCAGAAGCACCAGGCCUUUGAAGCGGAACUGCACGCCAACGCCGACCGGAUCCGCGGGGUCAUCGACACGGGCAACUCCCUCAUCGAGCGCGGGGCCUGUGCUGGCAGCGAGGACGCUGUCAAGGCCCGGCUGGCUGCCUUAGCUGACCAGUGGCAGUUCCUGGUGCAGAAGUCAGCCGAAAAGAGCCAGAAACUGAAAGAAGCCAACAAACAGCAGAACUUUAACACCGGCAUCAAGGACUUUGACUUCUGGUUGUCUGAGGUAAUGGCAGGUUUUCCUUCCCACCAGCGGAGGAUUUCUGGUCAGUUGGGAUAACAGGACAAUCAACAA